CUGAUUAGCUACAAACUCGUGGAAAUGGGGAAGAAAGGAAACCGAUAGGAAACACAUAAUCGAGGAGCUUCUAGUAAGCCAAAUGCAGACAAUCUCUGAUUACAAUGCGUCGCGAUCAAUUUCUGUUGGUGGGUCUUCUUCUACUAGCAAUUAGAAGUUUACAACUUCACGUUUCUUUGAGAUUCUCUAUGCGAAAAUUGACCCCCAAUUGUUAUCGCCACCUGGGUUGACCUUAGGGCUUGAAAUUUCAAAUUAUAAAUUCAUUACUUCUUCACUGACAUUAUGCAAAAUACGUCGACUUUGCAGUUAAUUUAAUAAUACCUAAAAGGGGUUGUUAGGGUUUCGAAUCUUUAGUUUCUGCCAGACGAUGAAAUAUAUUUUUUCUUUGACUCAAAUUAAUUCCCAAAUUAGCCUGUCUUUCGUAUUUUUAUACUAUAAUCCAUCCAAAAAUAGCAUGUAUAUAUUAUUGUUCUGUACACCAUGCGCGACAUAUCACCCGAUCGCCAUUGUCGUUCUUAUAACAUAAACUCUAUUAAAUUAUCUAUUUAUAUGUUUAGUUUGACUCAUGAAUAUGGAGUUAUGCUCUUGACUUGACUCUUGCAUGUGAAUGUGGGGUUGAAAUCUGGAUUUAUUCUUGCUUGUGAGUAGGGAUUUGACUGGUUUGUGAUAUUAAACAAGACAAUUUCCAUGAAACUCGAUAGACAUUUUCUUGGUUGACUUUAAUCAAAAGUAGUUUUGUUAAUCUACUUUUUAUAUAGUAAAUCGUACAAAGGACAAGUCAAUCUAAUGGACUACAAAUCUUUUAUCAGACUUUUACAUUAAACUCCAAUUGUUAGGUGACUUUUGUUUUUAACAAUUUGCUUUUUGACCUAAUCUUGAAUAUUGAAUAAGUAAUUAGUAUUAGGUCUUACAAGUUCUUUAAAGAUCUAGUUGAGUUUGUGUCAUGCAUGCCAUCAGAUGUGAUGUGGGUUCGCUUUGACUUACAUUUUUGGACUAUCUGCAUGCCAACUUUUACCUUUUUUAUAAUUAUUUACAGAAUUUGGAGUAUUUAUUAUCAGUAAUAUUGUAAAUUAGUGUUACCUUAGGCUCCAACAUAAAGUCAAUAAAAUGUUUUAUUGAUAUCAAAUUGUAGAAAUUUCUCAUGAAUUUCACUGUUUUUGCAUUGAAACAUUCAGAAUAUUUCUGGAAAUUUUCUAUGUGCAACAUGUUUUCAACCAAUUUGACAACUUUAUUCAUGUAUUUAGACUUGAAUUGAAUCAUUGAUAGAAAUUUACCUUUUUUUUCAUGAAUUUUAAUGUUUCUGUUCAAAGGUCAAAGGAGUCUUUUAGUUUUGGUUGAUUUUUAAUGUUUGAUGAUUAAUCUUUUUUCUUCUAAAGCUGGUAUGUUGUCUCUCCUCUGUCUCCUUGAUUAUUAAAGUCCUUGUUUUUGCCAUUUAACAUUUUCAUUUUAUUUAUAUGAUGUCUAAAGAAAUGAAGAUAUGAUUGUAGGUGUCAGAAAUUAUUUAUGCAUUGCAUCCUUUUUUUUUCUUCCUAUUUGAUAAUGAUAUUGUAAAGGACAUUUCUUUGACUAAAUGUUUUUACUUUUUAGGUGCAUAACUUUACAUGAGGGUUUUAUAUCAUCUAUUUUGAUUGAUGGAUGUGGAAGUAAUCAAAUAGAUAUUAAGAUAUCGAUAUGAUCUUGGAUGAAUUUAACAUUAUUCUUUCAAAUAGAUAUUAAGAUAUCAUGCACAUGUAAGUAACUCCAGUAAUUAGAAUGGAAAUCAGGUGAGAUUAUACUAAAAGUUAUCUAGAAAUAUAGCACUUGUAGUGUGGAUUUUAUGCAAGAAAAUUGUGAAUGGACAAAACUACCCUUGACUUUUCAACGAAGAGAUGUUUCAUAAUCCUGUAGAAUUCUAUAUUCAAAAUGAGGCAGGUGUACUGCUUAUAUGUAACAAAACAUGCCCAAAAUUGGGAAACUACCAACAAAUUUCCAACAUGAAGAUUUUUCUUCACCAUGUGGAAUUCAGUAUGCUGCUUGGUUGCUGCUUAAUAUGCCCUUAGACUUGUCCCGAAUGGACGAAAUUGCCCUUACACUUGCCUUGAAUGAAUGAAACUUCCUUUUGGAAUGAGAAUCUUUGAGCAGAAAGGUGGUAUUUUUGUAGUAGAAUUAUGCAUGUAUUCAAUGAAUUACAAAUUGGAAAUACCAAAAGGUCAGAUAGUGACAUCAAGAAACCAUGGAAACAGAAAAACCCUUGAGUUUGAAAUUUGAUGAAGACAUAAAUAACAUGGUCCAACCGUUGUGUGAAAUUGUUAGUUAUACACGUGUUCGCAUCCAAGAUUGACUAUUUUACUUAUUUAUACUUUUUUAUAAAAAUUCCAUGUAUCACCCUCUUAACAUACAAUACGAAUACCGUUUUCUACUAUGAGUCUACACCAUCAAUGUGUAUAUAAAGACAUCAAAACAUGCAAAAUUACACCACUCAUCUCACCAUCCACACAUUAAACAAAGUGUCAUAAAGAUCAAGAAAUCUUGAUAGCACCAUGUCUAUCUUUUCAUCUUGCAAGUUUGUGCCUCAUGCAAUCUUGUUGCAACCUAAAGCCAGUUUGAAAACACCAAAUCAGAGUCUAGCAACUGUUCAUUGUACUAAAGUUGUUCGAAAUGUGAACUUGGAGAAGUUGCGCCACAACUAUUUGUUUCCUGAGAUAGAAGCAAGGGCACUUGAACAUAUGAAGAAGUAUCCUGAUGCUAACAUCAUAAGGCUUGGAAUUGGUGAUACCACUGAGCCCAUUCCUGAUAUUAUAACUUCAAACAUGGCUGAGUAUGCAAAGGCUCUUUCAACACGCAAAGGAUACAAAGGUUAUGGUGCUGAACAAGGGCACAAGGCUUUAAGAAAGGCAAUUGCAGAGUCUUUUUACAAAGAUUUAGGUGUAAAAGAUGCAGAAGUUUUUGUCUCAGAUGGGUCACAGUGUGAUAUAUCUCGCCUUCAGCUGCUUCUGGGAUCAAGUGUUUCAGUUGCUGUUCAGGAUCCAAAUUUCCCGGCAUACAUGGAUUCAAGUGUUAUAAUAGGUCAAGCAGGAGACUUUUUAGAUGAAACACUAAAAUACAAAAAUAUUGAGUACAUGACUUGUGGGCCCCACAAUAACUUCUUCCCUGACCUUUCAACCACAUCAAGAACAGAUAUUAUCUUUUUCUGUUCUCCAAAUAAUCCAACAGGUCAUGCAGCCUCUCAUGAACAGUUAACACAGCUUGUGGAAUUUGCUAGAAAGAAUGGAUCGAUUAUUGUUUAUGAUUCUGCAUAUUCUGUUUAUAUAACAGAUGGAAGCCCUAAAUCCAUCUAUGAAAUUCCUGGAUCAAGAGAGUGUGCUAUUGAAAUCUCAUCUUUCUCAAAGAUUGCUGGAUUCACAGGUGUACGCCUUGGUUGGACAGUGGUUCCUGAUGAGCUGUAUUAUGCAAAUAAAGUUCCUGUCAUACAUGACUUUGAUCGAAUUGUUUGCACUUGUUUUAAUGGUGCUUCAAGCAUUGCUCAAGCUGGUGGACUCGCAUGUCUUUCUCCUGAGGGCUUUAAGGCAGUGAUGUCAGUGGUGGAUUACUACAAGGAAAAUGCAAAAAUAUUGGUGGAGACAUUUACAUCAUUAGGUCUAGUUGUAUAUGGUGGUGUAAAUGCACCAUAUGUAUGGGUGCAUUUCCCUGGAUCAAGAUCAUGGGACAUGUUCUCUCACAUUCUCAACAAAACACAUAUAAUUACGGUUCCGGGCAGCGGGUUUGGGCCCGGGGGUGAAGGAUAUAUACGGGUCACUGCUUUCGGGCAGAGAGAAAACAUAUUGGAAGCCUCGGUCAGGCUAAAAAACGUUUACUUGUAAUAAACACGUUACGAUUUGAUUUUGGUGGAAGAAGACCUUAAUUUGACUGAUUGUGAUCGGAUAUAAAGUGUACUAAAUUAUCGUUGUUUGUGUAAUAAAAUGAACGUUGAUGAGAUGA